AUUCUCUCUCUGGAUAUUUUCUCUAUAAGAAUCCUAUCAGCCCUCGUUGCCCGAAAACCUUCUCCAUCCGUUUUCCCGAUAUCUCCUCUGUUUGUUUUUCCCAAUACUCCUUUCUGCCACUGCCAGGAUAUGGGUUUUCUUGACAAGCUCUGGGACGAGACUGUCGCCGGACCACCGCCGGAGACUGGCCUCGGGAAGCUCCGGAAGUACAAGUCCCUGUCAGCGUCGCGGUCACCGCCGAUCAUCAACCCAGAUGAAGUCCAGGUUACUCGGAGCAUCACCAUUCUCAAAACCAACUCCAGUUUCCGAAACUUUUCCCCCGACUCCGUCUCGGUCCCCAACUCGCCGGCCGGGUCCAGCGCUCCCGAGUCGCCCUUUACGCCCGGGACGCCAACUGGGGAUUACAAGACAGAUGCGAGGAGGAAAGCGGCAUUGGAAGCCUUCGAACGCGCAGAACCUAGAAGUCCGACUGUUUACGAUUGGUUCUCUCUCAUUUUUAUUUUUUUUCCACUCUUUCAGACCCACAAUUGAAAUUCUAAAAUUUUCUGAUCCAGACAAGAAACCCCACGAAUCUAGAAAGAAAAGAAAAGAACAGAAACUAGAAUCUGGGAUAUGGGUUCUGAAACAAUGAUUUUUUUUAUGAGUUGACCUUUGGUUGACCAGCUUUUCGUGUGUUGCAGGAUAGUGAUAAGUUCUUUGGAUCGUUGAGAGAGAGACGAAGUUUGGAGAUUUUGGGUGUGAAGAAUCGGCAAAGAUACAUUCACGUACUAGAGAAAACCUGUGUGGGGAUCUCAUGAUGUGUCUGCUGUAUCUGCAUGCAGGGAGAUCAUAUAAACUAUGACUUGUAUCUAGUUACUACAAAUAAGGAGAUGGGUUGGAGCAGAAGGAACCAAGGAUUCUUGGAGUUUUGAUGAAGAGGAAAGGGGCCAGAGUAGGAGAUGAUCUGACUUGUAUACCUCCCAUGUGAUUUGGAGAGCUGGGUUUUUUGCUGUUAUGGUUCUUUUUGUACAUACACAUAUAUGAUGGGCCUUCUUUGCUUCUGUAUCAUUUUUGGCUCCAAGUCCUAUGUACAUAUAUGGGUGGUCUUCUGCUGUUUCUCUUUGUUGGUUGUUGGUUUUUUUGUGUAUUGGGAUUUGUUCAUUUUGAACACCCUCCUCUUUGAAUGAAAAUUCUAUUGUGUGUGCUUCGAUA